ACUACUUCACUCUUUUCCAUAGCAGCGAAUCAUCGCCGUCCACCUUAUUUGCAGUCUUCAACUCUUCUUCGUUAGAAAUGGGUAAGCAAGGAAAGAAAGCAGGAGGACAUCGUCAGAAAGCUUCACGAAGGGAAGCUUUUAACAGUCACGAAGAAGUAGACCAUGAAACUUCAUUAUACAGUCAAAGCGCCAAUGGUGGACAAGAAGACCCAAUUGACUCUUCUGUUUCCAAACUAUCCCUUUCCGAUCAAUCUGGAGAAGAAGAUGUUCAAGAAGACGAUCGAAAUGCUAUCAACUCAUCACACAACAUCAUUCCUUCAAAGUUCUGUUUAUAUCAACAAUCUGUUCAGUCCCCUAAAGGAGAUAUAAGCUAUCUGUUGAAAUUCUUCUUGAAUUAUGUUGGUGGGAGAUUGCCUCUUCAUCUCCAAGAAGAUUUUUGCGGCACUGCUCUCCUUAGUACUGAAUGGCUUCGAAGUGACUCGAGAAGAACUGCAGUUGGUUUGGAUUUGGACGAUGAGGCACUAAAUUGGUGUAUAGAGAACAAUCUGUACCAAAUUGGUGCUGAAGAUAAUGCAAGGAUUUCUCUUUUUCAUGGCAAUGUUUUGAAUCCUCUUGAGUCUCAGUUAUUAGUCUUUUCUGAAAACCAACUUUCUAAAGAGGAAACUAUUAAACAUGAAGAAGAUGAUAAGAAAGAAGGUUUAGUUUUAAUGAAAGACAUGAAGUUGCCGGCUAGAGAUAUUGUUUGCGCUUUCAAUUACAGUUGUUGCUGCCUCCACAAUCGUCGAGAGCUUAUUUCAUAUUUCAAACACGCCCUUUUUUCCUUGUCUAAGAAAAGUGGUAUAUUUGUUAUGGAUCUUUAUGGUGGAACAUCGUCUGAAUGUGAGCUAAAACUUCAAAGAAAGUUUCCCAAUUUCAUGUAUACUUGGGAGCAGGCUGAGUUUGACAUAAUUACGCGCCAAACUAGAAUUAGUCUCCAUUAUCGUCUCAAGAAGCAGAAGAAGAAGAUUGAAAAUGCAUUUUCGUACAGCUGGAGAUUGUGGACUUUGCCAGAGAUCAAAGAAUGCCUAGAGGAAGCAGGAUUUCGAUCUGUUCAUUUCUGGAUGAGGGAGAUGCCAGCUUCCGAUGAGAUCAAAAGUAUAGAAGGGUUUGGUUCGGGGCGUGAUGUGAAAUAUGAAGAGGUUGUAAGCUUUGAACAAAGAGAUUCGUGGAAUGCUUAUAUUGUUGGCGUCGCAUAGUAUCUUCAUUCAUUCAUGCCUCAUUUAUUGUGGUCAGAUUACAGACAUAGAAUUUGUUUUCAAUGUUCCUUGUUUUUGUUGAAAGACAUUUUCUUUGUAAGAUUUUGAUGAGACAAUUUUCUUUGUAAGAUUUUAAAGGUAUUUGAUAA